AUGAAAAGGAAUAAAGAAAAAGAAAGUGACGGCAGCAGCAGCAGAAGUAGGAACAAUAUUUGUCAGAAUGAAAUUUCCGCAACCAAUGGCGCCACAGAUGUUGGGGUCUCCAACUUUGACAACUACGCCGUCCAAGGUAAAGGGGGCAGCAAAGGAACGAAGGGCUUCCCUGAACGUGGCGGUGGUUACAACAUUUCUGGCAAUAAAAUUAGUGCAGAUGGAGCUAGAAAAGUUGGGAUUCACAACUUCGGCAACACCACUUUUACUACUGAGGAGGAUCAUGGAGAAGAGUAG